GCAAAAUGGCGACUGUCAUUCACAACCCCCUGAAAGCGCAAGAUCUUCCAAGACUGCCUCAUCUUGUCUAAAAAGAUCAAAGAACCAUCAUUCACUCAAAGAAGCGAGAAGAUAACUUUGUGCUCCACAACACCUUUAAGCCUAUGGCUUUUCUCCAAAGGAGACUUGGGGACCAGUUCUACAAAGAAGCAAUUGAGCACUGUCGCAGCUACAACUCCCGGCUGUGUGCUGAACGGAGCGUUCGCCUUCCCUUCCUGGACUCGCAGACUGGAGUUGCUCAGAACAACUGCUACAUCUGGAUGGAGAAGCGGCACAGGGGACCAGGCCUGGCCCCAGGUCAGCUGUACACAUACCCGGCACGUUGCUGGCGCAAAAAGAGGCGUUUGCAUCCUCCUGAGGAUUCCAGGCUGAAGCUGCUGGAAAUUAAACCUGAAGUUGAUCUGCCUCUGAAAAAAGAUGGCUUCACAUCAGAAAGUACAACACUGGAAGCCUUGCUGCGUGGAGAGGGAAUAGAGAAAAAGAUGGACACUAAAGAGGAAGACCCUAUACAAGAAAUCCAGAGGGUUUUAGAAAACGAUGAAAACGCAGAUGAAGUGAAUGAAGAAGAGGAUUUGGAAGAAGAUAUUCCAAAACGAAAGAACAGGCCAAGAGGACGGCCAAAGACCCCCACCUGGAAAAAAAUUUUCCAGAAAAAUGCUCGGGGAUCUGGAGGUGGCAGGAGACGAAAUGAUGCUGCCUCCCAGGAUGAUCAUGACAAACCCUAUGUUUGUGACAUCUGUGGCAAGCGUUACAAGAACAGGCCUGGACUGAGUUACCACUAUGCUCAUACUCAUCUUGCCAGUGAAGAGGGUGAUGAAGCCCGGGAGCAGGAGACCCGCUCUUCUCCUGUCCACAGAAAUGAAAACCACAAACCCCAGAAAGGACCAGAUGGGGUCAUCAUUCCCAAUAACUACUGUGACUUCUGCCUUGGAGGCUCCAAUAUGAACAAAAAAAGUGGCCGGCCUGAGGAACUUGUGUCGUGCUCAGACUGUGGGCGCUCUGGACACCCGACCUGCCUGCAGUUCACCACAAACAUGACUGAGGCUGUUAAAACCUAUCAGUGGCAGUGCAUUGAGUGCAAAUCCUGCAGCCUUUGUGGCACUUCUGAGAAUGAUGACCAGCUGCUCUUCUGUGAUGACUGUGACCGUGGCUAUCACAUGUAUUGCUUGAAUCCACCAGUCUUUGAGCCCCCCGAAGGGAGUUGGAGUUGUCAUUUGUGCCGGGAGCUGCUCAGAGAGAGAGCAUCAGCUUUUGGCUUCCAGGCCUGAGGAGCUCCAGCAAUCAAGAAACACUUUGCUCCUGUUGUUGGCAUACCAGCACACAAUUCCCAUCCAGAACACAAAGACACAACCCACAUCAAAAUGAAUGGACACUCAAGUACAGGAAGAGGUAUCUGUGGUAUUCACUGUCACUGAUGCAGAACCUCCUGGGCUCUACUAGAAGGAUCACGUACUUUCCCGAUGCUCCAGAUGAAAUCUCUUCAGUGCUAUGCAUGGUUGCUGCUUACCAUUAUGGGCUCACAUAGAUUAUAGGAGGGGGAGGGUUGUUAUAUUGAUAUGAAGAAGUCAAUUUUGUGUGGCUUUGUGCUUCCUGUUUAGUUUUCUUCUGAAGGAGAAAUAGUAAGAAAUCUCCCAAGGAUUUGUUGGUGAGUGCUUUGGUGGGAAGCAGCACCAGUUGUUACUGCACAGAGCUUGCCUGGAAGUCCCUUUACUGCAACUGCUGUGUAUUCUUAGGGUGGCUUUGCGUUGCAUUAGUUCAAUACUUCCCAUGUUGUGAAUGAUGUGUUGCCACCAAGAAAAGCACCGAUGAGAACUGGGGGAGUGACACUUUCUCUCUUGGAGCAAAUGCUUUGAGUUGGCAGGUCUUCAGACAUCUGGUUUCAGUGUUUCUGAAGGAAGAGCAGUGCCAGCAUGAACAUACACAGACGCUUAAAUGCUGAGUUUGGUAUUUUUGGAUAUUCAGGCACACCAUCCCACUCUGGUGCUAUCAUGCAGUUCAAAUGCAUCGUUUUAUUUUUACUGAAAAAAAAUUGUGAGUGGUUCUGCAUGUAACUGAUUUGCUGUCCGGCUCAGAAAACUGAAUGAAAGAAAACUGUGAUUUUAAGUUGGUCAUGGAAAAUAGAGGUUCCAGUUUUCUAAGCAAUCUAAAGUAAGAUGAAGAUAGGAACAUUGGCAUAGGUCACAUGAAGCACUUUUGAUGAUUUUUUUUUUCUGAUUUCUAAAUGAAAAUAUUCUGCAAUUGAAAGCUGAAAUUUUAUUUUGGGAAUUGCCUAAUCAGAACUUCCACAUUUCCAGAGCUAUACUGUUCUGGUUUUUUUUUUUUUUUUAAAUCAAAAUAGUUAUCAAGAUUUGUUGAAUUUUCAAAUCAUUUUGCCCCCAAAAUCUCUGUAACUGCAUUUUUGGCAGAAGCCUUAUCAAGCUCCCGUGAAAGGAAUCAUUUACUUGAACCUAAUAUCAAAAGAAAGAUUUCAUAGUUAUUUUAAAAUUUAAAUAGGAAUAGUUGUACUUUGUGCAAACAAACCUCUGCAUGUGAAAUGGAGAAGCGUUAAGCGAGAGCAUCAAUUGAAAAAGUAUUUUCACAGUUGAGUCCCUGUGAUUAACUUAAGACAUCGCCAGGAGGACAAGUGAGUACAUUAAAACAUUUUUAUCCGAUGCAUCUUUUAAGGUUAAAAACAUGCAACUCCCCAAACAGCCAAGUAGCCCAGAAUGACCAUUUUUGUGGGUGUGAUUUACAUUACUAUCUAUGCAUAGCUUAAAGAGGGAUUAAGAUACACAUUUAUGAGAGUCCCAAGCAACGCAUGAUUUAAGUUGCCUGUACAAGUAGGUAAGAGCACAGAAGGUUAUAUUUGGGAUAUUUAUUCUGGUUGAAACUUUUCUGCAAAAUGAAAUGUCCCUGAAAGGACACUGUGAAAGAGUAGCAGUGAACUAAUUUUUCUUUUUUUCUCCUGCUAAUUACACUUAGUUAGAAUGAACUAUACUGACCUAACGCACUUUUCCUUGUUAUUUAGAUAGUUUGUUCACGUUUAGUGUUUUGUUCAGCUUACAGUAGUUGUGCCAGCUGUUGGAUUCUCCCAUGUGGCUCUCACGACGUUGUCUCAGACUGCAGUGGGAGUACUUUAACCUGUUAGAAAAGGGGUUUAGGAAGUGUUUAUCCUAGUCGUAUUGGACCAAAUUCCUCCAGGAGUAGCCACAGUGGCUACCCGUGACAUUCAUUCAAUACAUUAACUUUCUGUGUGACACUCUUGGGUGAGCCAAGAGUAUAAAGAUAUUUGAGCAUCAGAUGUAGGACCUGUCUGCAUGAGGUGUCUGGUGCCUGUCUGGACAAAGCUGUAAAACAAAUGUCAAAUGAAGCUUCUUUCUCCCUGUCCAAGGAACUGCCAACUCCUGUGGUCCCAUUCUCACUGCUGAGCUGCUGUCACCCAGUCUGAUGGCUGGCCCUGAGGACAUGUCCCGGUGGUAGUGCAUGAUCCUGGAUGUAUGGCAGCAUGGCCUGAGCCACGUACAGAGGGAUCUGCCCUGAACCUGGCAGCAGUUAAGGGCCACAGCUCCUCUUCAGGAGCUUUGGCACCUAUUUGAUCUGCUGAUCUGGCACUUUGGGACCACUGCACAGUUUGUGCUGCUGCUCUGACUAGGAGGGCAAGUAUGUGCUUGGCAGAGAAGCUGUUCAACUGUGUCAUAUAAAAGUGUAGUGGCAAGAGAGACAGGAACUGGGAGUGAGAGUGCUGGAUGGAAAUUCUGUGAUGGAGCUGAUGAUGAGAGCAGCAGAGGUAGCUUCUGGUGUUCAAGUUGGUGCUCAGCUGCCUGGGAUGCUGGGCUUAGUGAGCUCCAAUAUAGUGAGCUGUUGCCUUCACAUUUGCUAGUAUUUGUGUUGACCUUGGGGCAGAAGAAGAAAAAUGCUUAUUGCUUUAGCCUACAUUUAGGCAGACAGCAGUGGCUUUGUAUCUAAGCACCUGGUAGACCUUUGUAUGAUGUUGGUGGGAGUGACUGGUACAGAAAGUCAGUGUUCUGUCUCUGAAAUGAGACACUGACCAACGAGCUGUGCUUUUCAUGCAUACCUGCUCUCCUAUUUUAUCAUUUUGAUCCGUACCAUGGACUAUUUUUUUUUCUCCCACACCACAGUGAAUACUGUAUUUCAUGUUUGUAAAUAUUUUUCAGUGACAUUGCUGAAGUUUCACCACUAACAAGGUAUGAUGGAAGGAUGGAUUGCUAGAUCUCCUGCAGUAAAAUAUUGUCCAAGCUCAGUGAAAGAGGGAACUUAUCCAUGGUAAUCUCUUCAGCUCCAUGCUGUAACGUAGCCAGGAAGCAUCAGGUAACUCUCAGCAGCAAAUGAAAUGCCAGCUGUCCCAUGCUGAGGGCAUCCUCCAGCUGCACACUCCCUACUUCUUGAGCUCUCUCUUAGGGAAGAGGCUGGUACAUUCCUCCCAGGGACGUUGUUAGCAUGCGUUCAGAACUGUACAUCUUGCUGCACUUCUGAAAUACUAAUCAAGCUCCCAAGUGUUUGAUGCUGUACCUGUUUUACCAAGAUGUGAGGAGGUGAUAGCACAGUCAAGAAGUUCAGAACCUCAGAGAACCACUUCCCUGCCAUCAGAGUACCAUUCCUAUAUGGCCAUUGGGGUGAACUGCUUUGGCACAGCCAGGCAUAUCUUGAACUAGCAUGUGACUGAUGCGGUGCUGGCAGCAAGCAGUCUGAGGACCCUGACUCCAUGAGCUUCUCUUUCUUCUUGAGGUAGGAUGUGCAACGCUGCCCACAGAGCAAGUGCCUGUUGUUGACAUUGGCAGACUGUGGUGGGUUAUUCAUGGGCAGGUGGUUCCUUUCAGCUUUACAAAAUGAACCAGUUCAUUAGGUAAAUGUUUGUGGUGUGGUGAGCAGGACAGCCAGGAGACAUAUCACCUGAGAGCUAACAAAGCUAAGUGGGCAGGGAAAGCUGCUAGACAAAAGCAUGUUGGGUUUCCGUUUAAACAGACAAUCUGAAUUGAGACAAAAUUCAAGGUACUGUGAUCCUUGUCCACUCUGGAGACAACUAGAGAAAUGGAAUUUUUCUUUUUUCUUUGUUUGUUUUUUAACCAGUGAUGGACUUGGUAAAUUGCCCAUGUACCUGCUCUCUUGUGUGGUGGGAUUCACACUCUGGGAUUUGUUGCCAGCCUUUCAGGUGACAUGUUUUGAAGCUCUCUGUGUAGGCAAGGCAAGCUGUAUAUUAGCUCAAAUUAGGACAGACGGCGUUAGAUUCUGCAUCCCUCAAGUCUUCAAAUCAAGACUGGGACUGUUCCCACGAGACGUAUUUUAAUUAGACACAAUUUUAGUUAAACACAGGAAUGUCAGACUGAAGAAGGUUUGUGCUGUAGAAGAAGCUAGACUAGAUGAUGUAAUUGUUCUUCCUGUCCUUAUUGUAAAAACAGAUGUUUACUGGUCAAGGGGAUGUAUUCAAAUAAAGCUGUCUCUGGAUAACAGA